CCAAAACUUCCCCGGGAGAACGACAACGGUCUAAACGGCGGUCCAACGACGUCUGCAACCAUGAGGAUCGCUCAAUUGCAGCGGCCCAUAGUGGCGGCUACUUCCGGUAUAUCGAGAGCACCUAGUACCACGAUACGACAGCUACGAGACGUAUUCGGACAGCUAAGGAUAGGAGCCAACAAUGCGGCGGUAGAAGGUCGAAGAAAUGCUGCGGUCAAGUCGCAGGGAGCAUACAAGUUACGAGACUCGAGCACAAUCCCGAAGAAGCUGGGCGCGAAGAAGAGCGGUGACUCCUACGUGAUCACCGGAAACAUCAUCUACAAGCAGCGCGGCACGAUAUGGUUCGCAGGCGAGAACUGCGGCAUGGGCCGAGACCAUACCAUCUUCGCCCUGGCUUCGGGCUACGUCAAGUACUACCGAGAUCCCGCGCGACACCCGAAGCGACAGUAUAUCGGAGUUGUAUUCAACAAAGAAGAUACGCUACCGUACCCCACACAUGCGAUGCGCCGUCGUCGGCUCAACAUGAUUGCAGCCCCUAUUCCACCCCCGCAACCUGAGCCCGCUCUCUCCGCCUCCGGUAUCCCGACGCAGGUCGUACGCCAGGGCUACGGACGCAAGCCCCAUCCGCGUGACGAGCGCGUAAUCAAGUUGAGGGACGACGGUAGUUACGCCUACGCAGAAGAGAGCUGGCGUCUGGGUACACUAGUACGUACCGAGAAGCGCAAGAUGGGCAGCCGAAGAGUAGCCAUGAAGCACCGUCGCAGACGAGCGAAGGCUAUCGCCCUGGAGAUGCGGGCCGAGCGUGAGGAUAAGAUUGCGCGACGCAAGGAGGCGCUGGAUGCGCAGCGCGCCGCGAAGGCGAAGCGUAUGAGGGAGUAUAGGGCGCGUAGGGCGGCGGAGGCGGCGAAUAAGGCAUCUGGGCCGGGUGGUCAGAUGCCGCCUCCGGGAGCGGGAGGAAAGACGGAUCCUCCUAGGGUAGAGGCAUAAAUGAGGACUUUGAAGUAAUUUACUUGAGAGGUCGUCCGUCAUGUUUCAGUGCAAGAGCAAGGCGGGUUGCUACGACUCUGGCUUCACUCUAGUUCUACUAUCCUCUUGUCAUGCAAGCCAACUCCAUGAUGUAUUAUUACUAAGUACAUAACCACAUUUACGAAGCAUCAUUGUACAAGAAA